UCACUGAUCAGCAGAUAGUUGAAUUUUGGGAAGUUUAAGGUUAAUGCAGUUAGAGGAGAGGAAUCUAUCUGAAAAACUUAGAAACUUUCUGUUUUAAUAAAUAAUAGAAGUCAUGAAUAAAAUUUCCGAAGUAGUAAUAAAGCCUUUCGAGAAAUCAGAAUACAUGAAGCCAUACACUAUGCAUUUUACGCAAAAUGGAAGAAAAAGAACUUGGGAUUUAUUGAGGGUCCACGACUGUGUUGCAAUCAUCCUAAACAAUAUAACUCGAAAUAAACUCGUAUUUGUCAAGCAAUUCCGGCCAGCAGUGUUCUUUGGUAGCAUUCCGGAAGAAGACCGGGAACUGAACACAGAAGUUAACUUGGAAAAAUACUCCCCAGAUAUUGGCAUCACCCUCGAAUUAUGCGCUGGAAUUGUAGAUAAAAAUAAAUCUGUUGCAGAAAUUGCCAAAGAGGAAAUACUCGAAGAAUGCGGUUAUGAUGUUCCGUUGGCUAGUUUAGAAAAAGUCGGAUCUUUCAGAUCCGGAGUCGGCACUUCAGCCAGCCUCCAAACAGUAUUCUAUUGCGAAGUUACUGACGAUAUGAAAGUUUCAGAAGGAGGCGGAAUAGGUGACGAAAUAAUAGAUGUGGUAGAAAUGAAUGUGGACGAGGUUAAAAAGUAUGUUAGCCAAGCUAAUGUGAAGAGUCCUCCGAGUUUUAUGUUUGCACUCUAUUGGUUUCUUUAUAAUAAAGUCUAACUAUUUACACGGGCAGUUCUAAAUGACUCAUCAUUCCAAAGUAAAAUGCUUUUUAAGCACCAAUUAGCAAAUUUUUAGUUUUUGUUAUUUUGUUGACAAUAUAUGAUUAGAAAGUCAUUUUGA